GAUCACUCUAAUCGUAGACAUAUCCCUCCGUAAUGAUUUGGGACGCCAGGCACGAUGCCGAUUUUGUUUAAAGGUCUGUUUUACUGAGACCUUUGAGGGCAAUGUUUUGUUUUUAUUGACAUAUAAUGCUCCCAGUAUCUAUUGAAUGGCGAUCACGAAACGUUCCACUUUACUUCACCAUAAUUUCGAAAGUGCCAUCUGUUUAUAUAGACCGUUACCAAGCUUGAUGAGUAAAUUCUGAGGCAGAAAACCGGAAUGAAUGUCGCUAUUUUAAGUUUCCAUCUCCUGCAAUGUGGAUAAAGCAAGGUUGUAGGGUUCCUUUCCAGUGUACAAGACGAACAUGGUCUAGGUUAAUAUCGACGCUGAAGUCUAGCCACGCUUUCCGCCCAGUAUUGACACAACACGGCUGUAUAAGGAGGACGGGGGCUGUGUUGUAUAACCACACCAUGUCUUCUGAACAGCACCAAGAGAUCAGAGAUAUAUUCAACACCGCUGUCUCCUCUGUUCUUCCGUCUGAAAUGAUUGGAAGGGCCCUGACUUUUGACAACAACUGUCUACAUGUUGGAGGUCGAGAGUACACUUUAGAUAACAAUGUUUAUGUCGUGGGAUUUGGUAAAGCGGUGGCAGGAAUGGCCCGGGCGGUGGAGGACCAACUACAAGACCACAUCAUCGAUGGCAUUCUCAGUGUACCCUAUGGACUGGGCAAAUCUCUCAAGGAAUUGGGCAAAAUGGAUUUAUGGCUAAAGGAAAAAACAAGGCUGAAGGUCAUGGAGGGAGCCAAGGGUAACCUCCCAGACAGUGAUGCCCAGGUCGCAGCGCUGGCCAUCAAGGAUCUAGUGACCAAACUGACUGACAGGCACAUUCUGAUCGUGCUGAUAUCAGAUGAUUCCUCAGGUGGCGGAUCCUCUCUGUUACCGCUCCCGUGUCCACCCAUAACUUUAGAGGAAGAAGUUACAUUAACAAAGAUGAUGUCCCAGAACGGCGCCACCAUCAACGAUUUAAAUACCAUCAGGAAGCACAUCGAACAGCUGAAGGGGGGUGGUCUGGCGAAGGCAGCGCACCCAGCUCAAGUGAUUUCUCUCAUUCUGUCUGACGUGGUGGGGGACAAAAUGGACAUCAUUGCCAGCGCACCCACAGUGUUUGAUGUGUCAUCUCCUCAAAUGUGCAUAGAUAUAUUCAAAGAACUCAAAGUCCAAAAACAGGUGCCCGCUUCCAUUAGCGAAUAUCUGUUCAAGAAGUCUGUGGAGUUUGCAAAGAUGCCUUCGUUGAGGAAGCCUGAGGUGGGAUAUACUACCCCAUGGUCAAAAUUUCAGCACGUCAAAAACGUCAUUGUUGGAAACAACACCAUGGCAACACAGGCCGCCAAAACGAGGGCAGAUGAACUUGGACUUUUGUCCUUUGUUAUGAGUGUUUCGCUGGAGGGUGAGGCCCGUCGUGUGGGAGAACUUUACGUAGAUAUUGCUCAAUAUAUAGCACUCGUGUAUAAUUACAAGCCCUCAUAUGAUGGUGGGUGCAUAUCAUUAGUCCAAUUAGAGUUAAAGCUGACACAGUUUGGUUUCGAGAAAAAAACUUUAAACGAAUUAAACUCACUUAGUAGAAAAGCGCGCAACAGUCGUAAAGGUGUUUGUGUCAUCGGCGGUGGGGAGACUGUCGUUAAAGUCAAAGGUCAAGGCAAAGGUGGGCGGAACCAAGAAAUGGUUCUUGCGUUUGGGAUAAGUUUAGAAAAUGCACGUGCACAGGAAGAAAAAUUAAACAUUUUCUCCAUUGAAUUCAUGAGUGGAGGGACGGAUGGGCAGGACGGCCCUACAGACGCCGCCGGGGCCAUAGCGGACGAAUCCUUGAUGCAGAAAUGUGCACAAGAAGGGCUGGAGGCGGCAAAUUUUCUGGAAAAUAAUGACAGUUACACCUUGUUUACUGACUUGUGUGAUGGGGCGUACAUAGUGAAGACGGGUCUUACAGGAACCAAUGUAAUGGACAUACAGACUCUGAUUGUCAGGCCCAAAGUCCUGGAGGACCACUAGGUGUCUCAAUCCAUAGAGAUUAAUUAGGUAGCCAUAAGUCCUGAAGGAUCACUAGGUUUCUCAAUCCAUAUAGAUUAAUCAGGUAGCCAUAAGUCCUGGAGGAUCACUAGGUUUCUCAAUCCAUAUAGAUUAAUUAGGUAGCCAUUACUGUUAUAUCUAUUACACGCAACUGAUCGGUUGGAUGGAAAGUAUAGAUUCCACAAUCGAUUUUUUUAUCUUUGUAUUUCGAAUUUUAUUUUAGAAAGUAGAGAAAGGGGAAGUUGAACUACUUAUUUCAUUGACCUUUACUUCAAUAUGGUAGGGACAGCAGGAUUGUAGUUGUGUUGUGCUAAAGACUGUUUUGAAAAACAUUUGCAACUGUAUGGUGCUGAUGUUGUGCUUGAUUGUUAUUUUACAAUUAAUAAAAAUUAUUCAAAGCAAA